AUGGGAAAGCAUAAUCUCCUGAAUCCCGGGUUUGUGGGGCCGCUGGUGAACAUCCACACGGGGGAAACCUUCUAUUUCCCCAAUUUCCGCGCGUCCGGGGGCAGCUGCCCGGGCUGCCGUCGCUAUUCUACCCGCGCCCGCGACAACGGGUGCUCGCUGCCCUGGGCCGUCGGCACGCCCUGGUACCCGAUCCACAGCCGCUCACGGAAGAAGCGCAAGCCCUAUUCGAAGUUGCAGCUGGCGGAGCUGGAGGGCGAAUUUCUCGUGAACGAAUUCAUCACACGGCAGCGCCGGAGGGAACUCUCAGACCGCUUGAAUCUUAGUGACCAGCAGGUCAAGAUCUGGUUUCAGAACCGGAGAAUGAAAAAGAAAAGACUUCUGUUGAGGGAGCAAGCUCUCUCUUUCUUUUAG